GUCAACAACUUCACAGUGGUGGUGCGUUAGUACCUAUUGCGCGUACAGUGUUAUUGUUUUGUGGAAAAAACUGUGAAUCUUAAAUAAAUUGCAUCUUUUUUUGUGAACACUUCUUUUUAAUUUAAAUAUUUGUUCUUUACAUUUUAUUUUAUUGAGUGGAAUAUGUCAUUCUCGGUCGAGGUAUUUUCCUUUCCUGAGAGCCUAGAGCUGUCGCGCGCUGGCUGUCCUUACAGGUCGCCGCUGUGAAAUACUAAGAAAAACUUUUUUGAAUAUUCGACCAAGCGAGGAGAAGGCGCCACGUGUGGGCCUGUGCACAACCGGGGGCGGGCGCUUCGCGCCGCCCCACAAUUUCAUACAUACCCGGAUGAUAUAUUGACGAAGGCUCAAAGUAAGCAUGAUGUAGGGCUGGAUCCACACAUCAUUGCUCCAGAUCCAUAUGUUACGACGGAUGAUUAUAUUGAUGUCUUUGGCCCGGAUACUAAAGACAUUUUAACAUCGAAGGAACAAGAAUACACAAUGAGCACGGGUGACGAUGACUUAUCGUCUGGAAUAAAUGGAAGAUUGAGGCCUAGGAAGUCUUACGUGUCCAGUCCACAAACAACCAAGACGACACGAAGAUUAGAAUCCAAACUUUCGCAUGAAAAACCCAAGCGUGUUUCUACCCAAUCCAAGAAUCCGCUUACUAAAUCUGAUGAUCUCUCUAAAAAGUCUGACUUUUCCUCUGUCUUAGAAUAUCUUUGCCCCUACUGCGAUAAAAAUUUUGUUUCUAAGCAAACAGCGUCUAAACAUACUCGACGUAUUCAUUUUUUGACUUCGAAACAAGGUGAUAAAGGUGUUAUAAAUUGCCUUUACUGUAAUCACUCUGAUCCUGAACCCAACAAUAUUUUCAAGCAUAUGAUUGAUAGUCAUCCAAAUCAAUACUUUGCCUGUCUUGAUUGCCACACAAGGUUUCUAUCAACAUCAGAAUUGGCUGAACAUAAACUAAAUGUCUGUGAACGGCAAAAAGUACAUUAUAAAAGUAAAUUACCUCAAAAAUCAAACAGAGCUAGCAAAAAAUCUCGUAAGCUUGAUCGACAAGUUGUAAUACGGGACGAAGAAAGGCAUGGCUAUAAAAGCAUUGUUAUAUCGUGUGAACUUAAGCCUACUCAUGUGACCGACGCUGCUGAUAUUGAAGAUAACAUUACGACCAACUUAAUUUUGCCAUCGAUUAAUCAGGCUAAUAACAUUAUUGACAAAAAUGCGGUUAUACUACUUGAUGAUUUACAAUGGAAAAAGCGUAUACCGCAAAAUUUUUCAUUUCACAAUACUGAUACCGAUCAAAUUUUAUCAAGAUUGGGAGUGGUACAUAGGUCUCCUAGAACAGGAGAAUCUACUCGUAAGGACUGGUUUAAAGUCAUUGACGAUGCAACCCAGAAGUUUGAAAGAUGCUUCGAUACCAACUUUUAUUCUAAAGUCGCGAGUAAUGUACAAGAAAAUUUAUCUAAGUUUCUUGACGGUUCCUUCAAUUUUAAUCCAGAUCCAAAUCAUACGAUUAAAACAAGAAAAGCUAAAAAUAGUGUCCCUAUUAAUACAGUCGAGGGGUUUCCAAUUUUAUUAUCGUGUGAACAGUACUCACGAAAUAUAUUUGAUGUGUACAUGCCACGAGCAAUAGCACCAAAACACAAAUGGAAGUGGGACAACUUGGAAAACGACAGGAGCUCUUUUAAUGCUGACCAAAUAAAGCGGGAUUCACAUGUAAAUAACUGUAUAGUAACGUUGGUUUCAAGUCUAGAUAUUUGGACUCAACUAUGUAUGAGACAUAAAUUUGAAGAAAAGUUUAAAACUACACCUUUUGAGAAAAAAACUGAAAAGAAAAAAAUUAUAAGUAAUGAAUUAAAAGAAAUACUCGAAAGUAGACAAUUACCACCAUCCACGGCACAGGUUUCUCGCAAUUGUACGGCACUUGUCAAAGUUCCUAAUAACCUCGAUUUUCCAACAUCAUUAGGUCUUACACCAUCUACUAGUAAAUAUGAAAUACAACCGGCAGUUUUGAGUGGAGAAUGGGUGAGACCUCGUUGUUAUGUAUGUUGUGCCUGUGGCGCACAAACAAGAGAUCCUCGAACUCUUUCAACACACAUUUUAACUGAACAUCCUAAUGCCCAAGUUCAACAUUACGAGAUACCGGGAGAAUUGUUGCUGAAUGCUGAUAUCCUUAGACAUUUGUAUGUACCACCAAGCCCUGUGCAAAAUAGAACCCGACCUCCAAGGGGAUUUCGAGAAUGCACUAAAUGCAAUAAAUCCAUUACAAUUGAAGAUCUACAUCAGCACAUGUUAGAUUGUGCCGGAGAUAUGCCAACAGUGAGAAGAAAAUGUCGAUAUCGCCAUUUUGGAGUACGAAAAAGGCGUACACGUAUUCAAGAUAGCCGAAUGCGGAAAAAAAUUCGUAAAGACAUACAUCGACAAAAUGGAAGACCAAGACCAAAAAUUCGAUCCGAAGUUGGAGACGCCGAAACCAUCAGAAAAAUGAUAGCCGAUUUACCAGCAAAACGCCACCGAGUAACUCCAACAGGUUCAAAUUUGAGACCUAAAAAGAAAAUUAAUCCACAGUUAGAUCAACUUACUUUUAGUAAACGGCAUACAGAAGACAAUAAAAACAGGAGAUUCAACACUGAUAGUAGUACUAACACUACAUUCCAAGGUGACGGUGAACCUAAUAAUUUGAAAGAAAGUAAAAUUAUGAAAAAUAAAUUAGCCCGUCGUAGCACGCUGAUUAUAAGUACGAAAACAAAGAAAACUCAUAGAAAUGAUGGCAAUAUAAGAUAUGAUUCUAGAAUAGAAGCUGUUAGUAAUCAACUAUCAUUAUCUUCAGAUAGUAUUGCAUCUUCAGCUGAUUCUAAGACACAAGUAUUAUCCCUCCAGAAUCAACCCAACAGAAUAAAUGUCAAUUCUGGACCUUACAACACUCGAGAACAAGCAAAUGGAUCCAACAACGAUGGAUCUAAUAAUAGAGAGAAUCAAAACCCUGAGCGAAAUGAUAAUAAUGGAAAUUUUCGUGAUCAGGGAGCACCACCUCCCCAAAAUAUUCCAUUAAAACACUCGAUUGCCCGCUUAACGGCUGAUUCUGACACCCAUGAUAAAGCCGUCCAAUUUCAUCAUUUGUUUUUAGUGCAACAAGAAUGCAAUAAUGUAACGCAACAUGAUCCUUCUGGGCAACCAGUUUUCUUUGAAGAUAAAGCAGUUACUGAUAAAGUUGAUAAACCACCUUUAGAAACUAAAGAAAAAGGUGAAGAUUUAGAUACGCUAAAUAACCAUAAAAACAAAUUAAAUAAACAGCGAAAAGGACUUAAUGAUUGUAUUGCUAUGUUAAAAAAUAAAUUGGUUGAACCUAGUAAGUCUCCCGAGGUAUCUAUACAGUGUGAAAUCGACGAAACACCAAAUCCUCCGACGAAAAGGGUUAUAACCAAUCGCAACGAUAUAACUGUUCAAUGUCCAGAUGAUAAUCAAGCACCUGAAGCCGUGAUAACUCCGCGCUCUAGAAAUAUAUUAAACAAAGGAAACAUUACGGAAAAGAAUGUUAAGUCAGCAUCCCGUAUAGAAAGCACAAAACAGAAACCAGAAUCAGUCACAACACACAAAGUUAGUUUGAGUAUUAAUAUGGAAAAUAAACAUCAUGAAAAUCCUGCAUCGGUUGGUAUUCCAGGAACCUCUCAGCUUAGAAACUGUGAACGUACUAAUUAUUUGCCUGUUUUUAAGAAAACUGGAAGACCGCCAAAAUACAAUGAAUCUGAAAUAAAUGCUAAUGCUUCAGAAAGUGUUCAAAAUACACAAAAAAUUGAUAAUUUUGUUAGACGAAGUGUGACUCCUAAUCGUCAAACAAUAAAACAUAUAAAUGUUACGGCUAAGGAAAGUGAAAAUAUUUUAACGGUAACAAAUAAGGAAAGUUCGUCACUGGUUAGAUCGGUGAUGCAAGUUAUGGAAUCAAGUCACAUGGAAGCAAAUAAUGGACAUGUAAAAAUAAAUGAAUCAAUAAAUAAAAAUAAAUUGUAUAUCGCUGAAGAAAUACCACCUGCGCAUUGUAUUGUUGAUGCUGAAUCGAUAUCAACGGCACCGUUAGAUUUAUCGGGCAAAUUGUAUGUAAAUGAAGUGAUCGCCCAUAGCUCAAAACAAGAUGUUUCAUAUAACAGUUCCGCUCAUGUAUAUGAAACUUUAGAUUUGUCAAAUAAAGUCUUUCAAAAAGAUGAUAUUAACGAACUAUCUAAUGACGAAGUCGUAGUUGAUUUACGAGUAAAGCCUGCGAUUCCUUCUACAUCUACUGCUUCUUUCAAUUAUUCAGAAGAUAUAAGUUACAACGAUAUGACAGCUACAGAUCUAUCAGUAAGACACACGGAAUUCAUGCCUACUGAUUUAUCUGUUAAGGGAAAAGGAAAAACUGGUCAUUUUAUUACAAUGACACGUAAAGAUCUAAGUGUUAUGCGUCCAACUUCUAACUUCACUUUCUCCCAAAACGAUAUUAUCGGAUUGAAUUUAUCUCCAAAUGAAUUUCCAACAGAUUUGUCUCGGACAUGUUUAGAAGUAUUAUCCUCAAAACAAGUAAUAGGACAAGAUGCAAAUAAUACAACUUCAUCGCUUGACAUUUGUGAUUAUGAUAAUACAAAUUCAGCAGAUUUUGACUACGGCCAACAUAUAAAUAAACAUAUUAUCACCACUGGAAAAAAUACAACUUCCCACCCAAUACCGUUACAAUAUAAUACAAAUGGAAAUUCAUAUAAAAUACAAUCAAGACAGAUGACAAUUCCAUCUGAAGUGCACAUUGAAGAUGAAAGAUACCCUGCAAGUGAGUUUAAUCAAUCCCGAAAAGUUCAAUACAAUUUAGUAGAUGUUUCUACUAUGUCCGGGUCGUCGACUUUACUUGAUAAAUCACCGAUGAAUCUUUGUAAUCCUCUGAUAAAAGUAUCAAAUUGUGAUUCAUUGCAUAAAACAACUCAUAUAGCUUCGCAAGAACCUCAUGUGUCUAAAACACUUGACAUUCUUAAUAUGUCUCUGAAGCCAAAUAAUACGUCAAAUUUAAAAACAAUACUUCGACCAUCCGUAAGCAUUACACCUAACUAUAUUAAUGCAACUGAACUUGCGAAAUCUGUAAAGCAAGCUGAUAAACAGAAUGCAUCAGAUUUGUCACUUCAACCUUCUAAAUCAAAACGAUCUCAGGAAAACCUGACAAAAAGAAACUAUGAACUGAAUGAAAGAAAUUCCUGUCCUAUUGACAACGAUCCGGAAACUGCCAAGAAAAUAGCUUUGUUACCGAAAGAACUUGUAGACAUCUUAGGAAACAUGCCAGUUGAUCACCGCAAUCAGUUACUCAACGUUCUUCCUCAAUACGUAUCAGUGUCAACAUCCGUUGCGCCUAUCAGACACGAUGCUUUUAACGAUCAAAAACUGUCAUCAAGCCAUCGACACUCUCAGCCUUGCAAUGAAACUGAUAAUACAGAAAUUCCCCAACAUUCCUAUUCCGGAAUGUCUAAGAGUCAACAUUCUAUUGUUGAUAGGUAUCAAGUUCCACAUCCUUAUUAUCAACCACAAGGAGAGACUAAGAAGUCUGAAGGUGAAUACGGCCAAUUUCAUGGUAGUAUAGAAGAUACAAAUAAAAGUUGCCUAAAUGACAAUAAGAGGCGCUCCAUUGAUCUAAGUAUAUGUGGUAUUAUCGAUUUAACUGAUGAUAAUGUAGACACAAUUUCUUGUUCUAUUUCUCCGGAAAAAGAAAACAAAACUGAAAGCCCGGUAGUAAAAGCAUUCGGAUUUAAAACUAAUAACGAAAAAACAGCAAGCUUACGUGCCGUUAGGAUUAAAGCACCAUCAGAGAGAGCUAAAUCGAUUAUUUUAGAAACAGAACUAAAAAAGAUUAUUCCAGAAAAAAAAUAUAUCGAUAGCCACAGCUCAGAUAGUGGCAACAAUGAUAUUAGCCCAGUAGUGCAGAAAUUUGAAACAAAUGUGACUAAAGCUACAAACGUACACGCCGUUUCUGUUGUUGAUGCUAUUUUAAGUGAACAAAUUGAUACACCUUUGACGUUAAAUCGAUCAGAACUUCUUGAUGGACAUAAUGAACCACGAAAAGAAAAAACGACUACCAAUGUCUUAAGUAAUGUUCCCUUGCAAAGUAUACAAACCGAUAUGGCAACAUUUAAUUCUGAAUCAGUUGGUAAAGACAGCGUUAACAUAUCAGAUCCUGAGUCACCAUUGCAGAACGACAGUUUGGAACGCCGGGUUAAUUCUCAAGAAGUAGAAAAAAUACUGGAAAGCUUAGACGAAGAUGACUCGGAAGACGACGUUUCUUUAGCUGUCAUAGUAAAACAAAAACAAAGAAAAUUAGGUAUACUUGAAACUUGUUCAAAUAAUGUCAAUAGCACAAAUAAGAACAAAUCUAUCACUAAUUACUCGAAAGAAGUUAUCGAUGCUCUGGAUAUUACGCCUGACUUAAAAGAAUAUAGAGCUUGUGCAAUCUUUGAUAAAACAGAUAAAAACAAUUACGAGGGAAAAGGCUUAGAUAUCGCCAUCACUAGUAAACACAAGGAAACAUCAUUUAAAAUAUCUGCAAAACCUGUGGAGGGGAGAUCUAAAUCAGAAAAAGAUUUUAGUCCCUUAAAAAUCUUUAAGUGCUCUCCAAUAAACGUUGAUAAGACGCUGCCUAGUAACAACGAAUCUAAUGUUCCUUUAAAUGAAAAAUAUUCUGAAGCCGUUCAAACAAGUUUAAGUGAUCAGGAUCCGCAUAGAUUAUCAUCAAAUAAUAACACUAUUGCUAAUGAAUUUGAAGUAAAUUCAAAGAAAAAUAUGAUAUCACUUCACACACAAUCAGCCUGUUUGUUAGGGCCAUCAACAUUUGAUUCAAAAAUAGAGAAAAAAGAAAAUCCUUACAAAAGAAUAGCUGAAAGUGAAAUCCGUUUGGAAAAAGAGAGAUUGGUUACUCCUCUUCGUCGCAGUAGACGGGGAAAAUCACUAUUCUUUGAUAAUAAUGGUGAUAGUUGUAAUUUUCAUAAUAUUGGUGAUGUCGGGGAGCAGCGGGGCCCAUAUACUAAAAAACAGUUAAUUUUCUCUAAAAUGCUCCAAGAUGAAGGAAACACGGUUGCAAAAGUCCCUGAUUCUGAUGACUUGCACUUGGAUAAACAUGUCGAAAAUAUGCCUCUUCGUCCACGUGAAGUAGAUUUUAGCUUUCCCGUGAAGGAAAAAUCACAUAAACGGAAAAAGUCGACUCACAAAAGAAAAAAUCUAACGAAAUUAAACGAAAUGGCUCUUGCAAACCCGAUCUCACUAAACAAAACCUUAAAAGAGGCGAGUAACAAAGCUGAAUCUACAGUUUUAGUCCCUGAUAAAGAUGAAGUAUGUAAAAUUCAGUACCGAGUGAAUAAUUCAGAAUGCGACAAAUCAGACAUUCUUGCGUUGUCUAGUGUUAAACGUAUUGACUUACCUAUAAAAAAUGAGAAGAUAGCAGGAAAACGUAAAUCUAGCAGUUCUAUUAGCAAUGAACUUGUUUUGUCAGCCAAGGAAAAGAAGUUAAAAACAAUCAUUGAUGAAGAAGACAAUGUUAUUGGCCGUAAUUGUGACAACAAUACUAAAAAUGUUAACACCAAUGAUAAUGCUGAUAUUAUAUCUGCAGUGCGACGAUGUCGUUCAAAAUCUGUCGUAUCUCAAUCAACGUCUGAAAUGUAUUAUCCAUAUGAAAAUGUUUCCGAGUCAAAACCUAACUAUAAAGAAAAGUCGGAAUAUAAGUCAUCUAAUCAAAAGAUCGUAAGCAAAACAUCUAAUAAUGAUGACGUUGAAAUUAUUAAUUCUACAACGACUAGUAUUUUAUAUACUGACAUAGAAGGUUGUUGUAAGGAAAAACAAGAACAGGUGGAAGAAUCAACAACCUGGCAGAUCAUUGAAACUAAAGCCCUUUUAAGUUAUCCUGAUGAAUCUUCAAAAAGAGAUGAACCAUUGAAAAUGCCUCCCGAAAUUAAAAAGAAAAACUCUCGCAAAAACCAAGAAAAGAGUUAUAAUGAACCUUGUGAAACAUCAUCUAAAACACACAUGAAAACACUUUCUGUUACUUUAGAAGCACAUGGUACUAAAAACACUGAAAGUCAAGUCGAUGCCGAAAAGUUGGAUAAAGAAAAACAUAAAGAAAGCAGUGGCUCGUCUAGUAUAGAGUUUGAUUAUAUCGUUGAAUUAUUAUAUAAGCGUGAAAAAGAUGAUAAAGGAAAGCAUGUUAUUCAGGAAAAAGAGAAGCAAAACAAAUUGAAGCCUCUUGUCGAUAAUCAGAGCUUGCAAAAUGAAAACACAAAUCAAGCGCGUACUAUAUUUAAAACAUCGUCUAUUAUGGAUGCCGGAGAAGUUCACGAUCACGGAAAUGUUGAAGUAGAUCCUUAUCAAAUGCCUGACAAAGAAGUAGAUUCACUAAGUGAAAGACGUCCCAAAAUUACCGGUAAACGCAAGUCGAUUAGUUCUAAUAACAAUCAACCAAUUUCUUCAUCAGCUAUAGCAAAAAAGUUAAAAUCUUCAAUGAAUGACGACAAUAUAAAUAUCCACAAUUGUUAUAGCAGUACCAAAUAUGCUAUAACAAGCAAUGAAAAUACCACAAACACUGUUUUGGAGAAAUCGGUGUCUGACACAGAUAAUUAUGAUUACAUUAUGGAUAAAGCAGCAGAGACACAUGCCGUUUUAAUAAGGGAAUCUUUUGAUGAGGAUGAUUCAGAAAAGAGUAAUUGUCAUCGAAAGAUUGUGAGCUAUGAUGAACAGGUAAAAGCAACUGAGUGGAAUAAUACUCCAUCGCUUAGUACUUCAUUUAGUUGUAUGGAUGAUAGUACCCAGAAAAAACUGGACGAUGUAGCCGCUGGAGAGGUAUCUGAAUCUAAAUUCCUUUACAGUGAUUCUGAUGAAUCUUCAAAGAGUGAUGAACCAUUAACGAAGUAUAUUGAAGAAAAGGAGAAGAAAUCACAAAUGAAACAUCCAGAACAAAAUAAAAUUGGAACGGAUAAUAAAUGGGUUUCUGUAUGUGUAGACAAACAUGAUGCUAAAACCACUGAAUUUAAAAGCGCUAAUAAGGAUCAACUCGAUAAAGAAAAACUAGAAGAAAUAAAUACUUUAUCUAAUAUAGAUUUGGAUUGUCUCGUAAAAAUGACACACAAUCGUGAAAAAACUGAUAAUGGGCACAAAUCCCUUCAGAAAAAAGGGAAGCAAAAUAUAUCAAAACCUCUUGUUAAUGAACUGACUUACGAAAACGAGAAAGAAGCUAGUAGAAACCUUGAAACACCUUACUCGAGUAAUGUUAAGUACGGCGAGGAUUCUGAUUGCGAUGACGCUAGCCUUCAUCAGGUGUGUCGUGCUAAAGAUGUAAAUUUAGCUUUGGUAGAAAAUGAGCCGAAACUAAUCGAAAAACGAAAAUCUAACAGCUCUAAUAGUAGUGAACUUGUUUUGUCGGGUGAUACUAAAAUCUUAAAAUCGAAUAUUGAUGUCGAUGCUUAUUCUGAAAACAAUAUUAAGAUCAUUGAAAAUAACACAAAUUCUGCAGUGCAACGAUGUCGCCUGAAGUCCGUUCUAACAGAGUCGACGUGUGAAAAGGAUGAUCCAUAUGAUUUUAAUUUAUUACAUAAGGUAACUGAUGAAGAUCCGUUUUUAAAAAGGCUCUCUAAUCGAAGUAAAUUAAUUAAAUCUUCUAAUAAUAAUGACGACGAUGACCUAACUGAGUCUAACGCUCCAUCAACAAGUAUUUUAUACAAAUCUACAGCAGAAAAUUCCCAGGAGCCAGAAAAGCAAGGUGCAGCGACCCAACAAAUAUCUGAAGCUCAAACUUUCUUGAGUGAUUCUGAUGAAUCUUCAAAGAGCGAUGAACCAUUGAAAAAAUCUGCUGAGAAAAAGAAAAGGAAAAAAACACAAAGUAAUCCAGAAAACAAUAAUCAAAAGCCUUGUGAAACAUCAGCUGAAACACAUAAGAACAAGAAAACAGUUUCUGUUAGUUUAGAAAAACAGGAAACUAAGGAAGCUAACACUGAAGAGCUAUCAAAAGAAAACGACAUUGGAAGUAGUACCGCAUCUACUUUAGAGUUUGAUUUUCUGGUUGAAUUGAUUUACAAACGUGAAAAAAAAGAUAAAAAACACAAUUCUAGAAUAAACAAAGAGAAGAAGAAAAAAUCGAAUGUUGAUAAUCCCAGCUUACGAAAUGAAACCACACAAGAGGCUAAUAAUAAAGUUGAGUACAAUGAAAAUUCACAUUGCGAUGAGAUAGGUCUUCGCCAGAUUUCUAGUGCUAGCGAUGUAGAUGUACCUAUAAAAGUAACAGAUAAUCCUAGCUUGCCAACUAAAAACACCAAAGAGGUGAGUAGUAUAGACAAAACAUCAUCCACUAUUCUUGAUGCAUGUAAGGUUGGGUACAAUGAAAAUUCAGUUUGCGACAAUUUAGGUCUUCGCCAGACAUGUAAUGUUAGCGAUGUCGAUAUAAAAAGAACAGAUAAUCCCAGCUUGCGAACCAUUAGCACAAAAGAGACAAGUAAUAAAGACAUUACAUCGCUCACUAUUCUUGAUGAAUGUAAAGUUGUCUACAAUGAGAAUUCAGAUUGCGAUAACUUAGGGCCUCGCCAGGUAUGUAGUUCUAGUGAUGUAGAUGUACCUAUAAAAGUAGUUGAAAAUACAAAAUCGAAUACAACUCAAAGCAAAAACGAGCUUCGUCAAUCUUUUGAAGGAAAAUCAAAUAUUAAUAGCGAAGAGAUUGAUGGCAAUAAUUCUGAUGAAAUUGUAAGACAAUCAGAAUAUGGUAAAAAUAUUUCAACAACUGUAUCCUUAAAACAUGGCAAAAAACCUGUAAUGCGACGAUGUCGAUCAAAAUCUCUUUUGGUUAAAUCUACCUCAGAAACAUAUGAUCCUUAUGAUAUUAAUUUAUUAGAUACGGAUACAGACGCAGAUCCCUUUUCAAACAGGGAAUCAUUAAGUAACUCUGCCAUUCCAAAGAAAACAAGCAAAAGUUCUAUUGAUAGAGACACUGUAGUUAAAACAGUAGAUUCGAGUACUCCAUCAAGUAACAUUUCACAUUCCGAAAGUAAUGACCUAAAUAAGCAUGAAAAGCAAGACUCGGUAAACCUUCAAACAGCUAAGGAAGUUCCUUGUGAUUCUGAUGAAUCUUCUAAAAGCGAUGAACCGUUGACUAAAUAUAUUGAGGAAAAGGGCAAAAAGAAAUCAGAAAAGCAUGAAGAGCCACAUAAAGCAUUGCUUAAAAGAAAGAAAAAAACACUUUCUGUAACUUCAGAAAAACCUGAUCCAGAUAACGGCGAUGACGAUAACGAAGAGAGAAUAAGAUCAGAGCAGUUUAUGGAAAGUUUUGGAUUCUUUUCCGAAAGAAAGCCUCGAAAAUCAAAUUUGCUAGCUACAAAGAAAAUAUCAGAAACAUAUAAUCUUAUAAACUCAUUUCGUGAACCCGAGGAUAAAUCUAACAAGAAAAAUGUGCACUCUGAAAAUAGGAAAACGGCGGAAGAUGAAGAUGUUACGAGGACGGUCAGACAGCAACAACUUGCACAUCGCGGUCUCAGUAGAGACGAGGCUCUUUUUCUAGAUUGUUGUGAGCUUCUAAAUGCAAGUCAUAAUGAUGAUGGAUCAGGUAGGGCUAAAGAGUCAUCAGAUUCUAAAAUAAAAUGUUAUACCUGUGUACAGACUUCGGCUGAUUGUUUAAAUUUAUUAGAAAAACGUGUUAAUGAUAUUUUAGAAGAAAAAUGUGAUGAUGGUGAUGUAGAUUCUAUUACAGCUCAAGAUAUUAUGGAAAGUGAAGAGGUUCGAAACUUAGAAAAUGAUUUGAUUACUGGUUUAAAAGAGGCAGCAGCAAGCGCAAGUAAUUUUAAAGCUAAACCAAUAACUACAUGUACGCCUGAGGAAGGAGUUGAUACUAAACAAGUGAAUAGUAUUGAACAUCCUAAAGAUGUCAAUAUCAUCAAACAAUCGGAAGAAAUAAAAAGUAAGAAAGCAUAUGAGGUAAAAGAAAAAAUGUAUCCCGAUGUUAUUGAAGACAUUGACAUGUUUGAGGAUAAAUUUGAUAAAAUUAAAAGGAAAUGUAGAUCUCAGGCAGCUAAGCAGACCAAGUAUGUGGAAACUAGCACAAGUUCUAAAAGCCGCAAGAAAGUCGAAAAGAAAAAAAGGAAGAAGAGUCUCAAAAAGAAUAGCACCCAUGGAGCGGUUCCCACUAAAGGCGCUUUAAAAGGUUUUGAAGGUGUAAAAGUAUCAAUUUUAACAUCUGAUAUCAAUAUGGCGUCAAUUCUUCCUCCUUUAUCAACACCUGCAAAAAAAAAGAAACGAAAUAACAAACGAAAAAAAGAAAGAAAACAUUCAGAAAAUAUUAAAAAUGAUAGCGAUCAUAAAAGUAAAGAUACUCAGAAAAAAGUUGACGUAUACGAAUUUAUGGACAGUGAAGAGGCUGAACCGUUUGAAUUCAGACCUUCUACUUUAAUGGAGCGUUUUAAGACUAUAAAAGACGUCAAACCCAGUACUUCAAAGUCGCAGCCUAUUGAUAUUGACCCGGAAGUCUCUAGUGAAAGUGUAUCUGAUGGUGAUGAUUUUGUUUAUAUGUCAGAUGACUACAUUGGCAGCGAUGCUGAGACUGAGAAUAGUUUAAUGUCUUGUGAAUUAGGAAACACCAAAAAUUCAUCUGAAUUAAAAAAAUCAUUAUCUACACCGAAAAGAAAAGACACAACUGAGAAAAGUGCAGUUAUGGGAAAAAUAUUUAAGCACAAUGCCGUUAGAGCUGAGAAAAAAAUUGCGAAAACAAAAGAACCUAUAAAGCCAAAAGCAAAUUUGGACCAACUAUUUGACAGUUUACUAGAAGAACCUAAUUCACCAAUAACAUCAUCCCCUAAAAAAGAUUCAUACAAUUUGGAACCUUCGUUUUCUCAUAGUAGUGAAAUCUCCAAACGCUGUAGUAAGUCUGUUAAAUGCCAUGAAGAUGAUGGUCCCGAUGAUUCUGAUUCGGAACGGUCAAGAGAAAUAGAAAGAAGUCCUACUCCAGAAUCUUUUACAAGUCUAACUUCACAACGUAAAAGAAGAGGAUCCCAAAACUCGUCUUCACAAGAAAAAGAGUUUUCCACUGAUAAAGAAGAUGAAUAUCUAGCAAGCUGCAGUCCUUCAACAUCUAAAGAUAAAAAUAAAUUAAGCUUUAAACAUACGUCACGUAAAAAGAAAGAAGCGUUGUAUGAAAACUAUGAUGAUAAGUCGUUCAAAUACGAAACCAAGCGAGUUAACACGAUCUCUCCGAAUAAUGACGACGUCGACUCGCCUUUUGGCGUUGACGAAUCAUCGCCUGAUGAUAAUGACAGUCUUACAGAUGAUAAUAGACAUAAAUCGAAAGAAAAAAAAAUCAGAAUUAAAUCUACUGACACAGACAUAGAAAAUAACAGUUUGGACUAUACCGACGAACCUAUUAAUACUUAUGAUGACACGGGAGUGGCUCGACAAAGGGCCCGUCGUAAGUGCACUGUGGGAAAACAAAAUGUUUUGGCUGAGACUUGGAGUUCAGAAUCUGAGCCUGAUGGAAUCCCGCCAAGGCCUAAUAGUGCCGAUUCUGUUGGUGCUGGAACGAGUCGUAAGAAGAAAACUAGAAAAAAAGACAGCCAUGCGCAUGGGAUUCGUAAGAGCGGCAACCGACACGUAUCGGCGAAACGUGAAGCGCAUUGCAGCAAUCGAAGCAACCGAAAUUCCUCGGAAAGUAUUUCGAGAGUAGUGCCAACAACGAGACCAAGUGCGGUGUGUUCCUCGAGCACAAAGGCACGCACUCGCCCUUCACCCUACUACUGGUCGGAUGAACAGGAGCCCGAACACGUUCAGCAACACGGCUGGAUCGUCGGAGACAGCCAUAAGAAACUUGUCACUAUGUUGGCCCACGCUAAAGGUAAGCGAAAUAAUGACCAUAAAAGAAACUUGGUUGAGUAACUUUUAUUUUAUAGAACUAAUUGUUGUAAUUGUAAAUAUACUGUACAUAUUAUAUUCUAGUUCUCUAUGUCAUAUUUAAUGACAUCUGACCAGAAACAUUUUAAAACUAAACUGUAUUUGAUUGAUUUUUGUACAUACUGUAUAUGGUUUAUAGAUUUAAUAUUUGUUAUUGAGUAAUAGUUAAAUUCUGGUUGACAUUUGUUUAAGCUGAGGGUCCUCUUUCUAUUUCUAAUAAUUUAAUUUCUUUUUUAAACGACAUAUAAGGAUUAUAAAAGGCUUUUGGACAUGAGCUUAUGUUAAAUGUCAAAUUCUAAUUUCGAGUAAAUUUAGGAAAAAUUCUAUAUUUUAUGAACUAACUAAAAAGAUUGUAAAUUUUAUAUACAAUAAUUAUAAUUUCUAUAUCUUACUUUCAAUAUGCAAUUUUUUUAUCUAACUUAAUGGAGUGUUGAUUAUAUAAAUUAAGAUCAUAUAAUUUUAUGUUUUAAAAAAUAUGUUUUGUUCCUUAAUUGCGAUAAAUGAUUAAAUAUAUAUAUAUAAAUAUACAUUAAAUAAUUAAGCUUGAGAGAGAGUUUAAUUUUAAGGGAUUGUCUACACAGACCCCGGAAUCUGAUUACCGCAUGAUCGAUUGUACUAUCAGUAGGUAAAAUUGGAUUUUUGUUGGAAAUGUCCAGUCCAGAAAUUCGUUGCUAAUAAUACGUCAUCCGGGGGUCGGUUGAAAAUCCCCUUAUGUGUGGGAAGGGGCUGAUACGAUGGUGUCUGGAUAUAUUAAGUUGAUCAAUUUGUUAAUUAUUUAUAAACGUAUAAUAAUUUUAAUACUUUACAAGCGAAAUCUCAAGUUUUGUAAUUUCUAGUCCAGUGUAAAAAGGUAAAACCCCACUAUCAGCCUCGUUCUUUUUUUAUGAUUUAAUUGUAUAUGAUUCAACUAUCAACAAAAUAAGACUUAUUUUUUCUUUAUCGAGUGUGUUGAAAAUUUGCGUUACAUAAUAAUAGUGAUUAAUUGGAGACGCUUUUUCUGGCUUGAUACCACGAGCAACAGUCUAUAUAAUAAACACACAGUCUUGAAGAAGCUGAUAAUAUGCAGAAUAAUUAGCUGAUAUCGUAAAUGUACUGAUUGUAAUGUAGCAUUAUAUUACAUUUUGUGUUAGAUCACUUGUGAUUUUGAUUUAAGCAUGCAUGAGAAUAGUCUGUCUCAUGAAAUAAACGAUACAAUAAGCACAUAGAAAGUAAUCCUCUUAUUCAACUCGAUUAUAACUUAAAUGUCUCAAUGUUGCAGUGAAUACGUAAAACUUAUAACACGUACACAAAAUAUAUAUUAUAAUAAAUGUUAUUUUAUUGAUUCUGUAAAAUUAGUAUGUAAUAGCUGAAGACCUAAUUUAUCUCUGUAAGGCUGGGUGUCCCAUCUAUAAUUGUCUCUAUCCAUUGUUGUAUUUCUCUGUCAGAUUUUCAUGUCAUGAUUAUAAUUCAAUGUUAUUUCUAAGAUGGAUAAUUAAUGAUUACAUACUUUCUAAAUAUAUGUGGUAUCUAGAUAA